AGUUGUUGGCUGCAGUUACCCUCCCUGCCAGUAGAUGGCAGUGUAUAAAGAUCGGCCACCGGAUCUUUUACCAAUCAACUUCCGGUAGUGUCACGUUAGUAGCAAAUAUGUCGGCGUCUAAGUUGCCGUUCGCGGCUUUAACAUUGAAACAGUUUUUACAGCGACAGAAGGUGUUGGGAAUUUACAGGAACCUGCUGCGGACAAUUAAGCAGGUACCUGACGAGGCGGACCGGAAGUACCUCAGAGACUGGGCAAGAGAGGAGUUCAAGAGGAACAAGACAGCCGUAGAGCAGGAUGCCAUCAGGAUGAUGAUCACUCAGGCCGACAGGCACCUGGAGGAACUGCAGAAGUCUCUGGCUUUGGCAAGAAGUUAGUGAGUCAAAGCUGCUGAAAAACACUUCACUUCACACUUCUGAGAAGAGACUCAAAGUGACGCUGUGACCCCUGUAGGACAAACGUACUGUUGCACAACACAGACGGGUUAAUGGACAGAGUGAAUAUGGACGCAUCAAAAUGACUGGUUUAAUGUCGUAUCAAACAGGGACGACUUCAAGGAGCGGGAACGUUUGAGAAGAAUCUUAUUUAUUACAAAAUAGUUUUUUUUAAUUUUUGCUCUUUCAGACACAGUGCAAUGUUAAUAUAUAUAUAAAAAAAUCUACCCGAGACAAACUACAACACACAGUAAUACUGCGACACGACAGAGAAUCUCGUUCUUUAUGCAAUACAAUCGGACUGAAUCCAGCUUUAGUGUCACAAUUGUGCUUUACAGGUCAACGCCAUAAACAUUUUUACAACGUGUUGGGUUCUUCACAACAGUCUGACAGACUGCCUUUUUUGUGUGUGUGUGUUUCUUUACAUUUGACUACGUAUUAUUGUAAACAGAUUGUUCUUCUUUUGCUCACUCUAAGAUACUAAAGUUUUUAAAACAUCUCUAUAAUACAGUCAAGAGUGUGUACAAUCCUGAAUGGCAGCAAAACUACAAAUGUUUCUUUUUUUUGACACCACAGAAACAUAAGAUUUAACAUAGACCGUUAAUAAAAACAGGUUUAGCUUGUAGGUCUCAGCAACAUUUACAAAGUUCUGGAAAAAGACUGGAAAACUUCAUAUUCAAUGUGUCAUUUCAGGAAAUAUUUUCUCGAUGAUUUUCUUUCUGUUCUUGAAUAUUGUGUGAAAGUGUUUUUUUGUUGUUGUUGUUGUAAAGUUAUGGUUGUGUUGAAUUGAGGGAUAAAGUAAGUAACAUACUUUAAAACUGAUUAACUGGCCUGCCAUCAAGCCUUCUGUUUCAAAGUGUAAUUUAUGUCCCUACCACUAGAUGGCGGCAGACACCAAAUGUGCCAAAUUAUCUUUUUUUAAGUUGCGGUUUAUUUUUGUACAUUUUAUUGACGUCUUUUCGCCCAGUAUUCUACAUCCAACCAAUACGGUGUCAGCCCAAAUUUUUUUUUUUUACAGCUUUUAAACCAGAAUUUUCAUUUGGACCUGAGCAGCUUCAACUCUUUUAUAUCUACAGUCUACA